AUGUUUGCUUUCUCAGAUCGUCUUCAACUCCCACCUGGAUUUAGAUUCUACCCUUCUGAUGAAGAACUAAUAGUUCACUACUUGAAGAAUAAAACAUACUCAACUCCAUUACCAGCUUCUAUUAUCGCAGACAUACAUCUUUAUAAGUACAAUCCAUGGGAGCUACCAAACAAGGCUCUGUUUGGAGAGGAUGAAUGGUUCUUCUUUAGUCCAAGAGAUAGGAAAUACCCUAAUGGAGUGAGGCCAAACAGAGCAGCAGCUUCCGGUUAUUGGAAGGCAACAGGAACUGAUAAACCAAUUCUAACCUCCUGUGGAACAAAGAGCGUUGGAGUCAAGAAAGCACUCGUCUUCUAUAAGGGUCGCCCUCCGAAAGGGAUCAAGACUGAUUGGAUCAUGCAAGAGUAUAGGUUACUCGACACCAUUGUUUGGAAGCAAAAAGGGUCUAUGAGAUUGGACGAUUGGGUGCUAUGUCGGGUUAGACAGAAAAACAGCAUCCCCAAGAACACUUGGGAAGAUAGAAAUAGCCCUAGCUCUCAAACUGUAGUUACUGGCGAUUCAACAAAUAACGUGAAUGAAAAAUGGCCUUUGGACAAAAACUCUAAGACACAGCUCGCCAAUAACUCUUUACUCCCUGAUUGCCCGCUGUUGCCUUACAUCUUUGCCUCUGAAGAUCUUCCAUGCAUGGAAACAAUUGCCACCAGCAUAAGCUUUCAAAACUCAGGCUGUGGGAAUCAUAACAAUUUCGGUACUAAUAAUCCAAGGCUUUCAGUUUCUUGUUUUCACAGCUUGUUUAACCCACUUAAAAGAAAGAACACAGAAGAGCAGAAUCUUGCUCCAGCACCAUGUAGGAAACUCAGGAAAGAGGAGAUGAAAGAUAUACCAAUUGGCCAUGACGGAUUCCAGGACAUUAGCAUUUCCAGAGCAUUAAAUCAGUUUGAAGGUAAUAAUUUUUGUCUUGAUCCAUCAAACUCCAUCAUUCAAUAUCAAGAAUUUAUGCCUGAUGAAUUGGCUUUUACAGAGAGCAACUAG